CUGGCUCGCGCAGCAAGAUCUUUCAGCAAAUCUGAGCAAGGAAGUCAUCCUUCUCCCCCAAGAGUGGUUGGUUACCCACCAAAGUUAACGUAAAAGCCAUCCCCUUUCAACUUCCAGUCUAUCUCCAAUUCCACCGACAAGAAUGCAAAUUUCUGGUCCCAUUGAUGCUCAUUGCAGGUUUUUUUGAACACCCACUUCGUAAAUUUUGAUUCCUAAGCUUGGAUUGUUCCUGCCUGAUAAGAACUUUCCGGAAGAAGAAAUGGUUUAUCACUCUAGUUUUCUUGAUGUGGAAGGAGUUGACAAAGCUUGUGGAUGCCCGCUACUCCCUUUGAAAAGCCAUAUAAAGGGUCCUGCUCCAGUUUCAGAUCAAGAUAGAACCGAUAUUGUUGAUGAGGCAAUUACAUUCUUUCGUGUCAAUGUCUUCUUCAGAAACUUUGAUGUUAAGAGCCCAGCUGAUAAGCUCCUUAUUUAUCUAACGUUCUACAUCAAUGUUGCUUUGAAGAGGCUUGAGGGCUGCAGGACUUUGGCUGAAGGGACCAAGGCAAUUAUUAACUUGGGUUUGGAGAAGGUUCCUGUUCCCGGAGAACCUGGAUUUCCUUUUCCAGGUCUUUUCCCCUUCCCUCAAUCUCGACAGGAAGCAGAGCUAUUCAGAAACUAUCUGAAGCAGAUAAGGGAGGAAACAAGCGGAAGACUGUUGAGUGUUGCAUACAGACCCAAUGGAACUCCAAAUAAAUGGUGGUUGGCAUUUGCCAAGAGGAAGUUCAUGAAUAUCAUUGUGCCUUGAACAUUUUCAGUAAAAGCCUAAGAGGUUGCUUUCUAGGACCCAUAUAAAAAUGAUAGUAACGAGCUGUGAAAGACUUUACAUUGGAACGGGUAUGUUACUCUCUCCUCACAUAGUUUUCAUCGCAAUCACAGUUAGUUACUUGGUUGUCGAUGAUAUAGGUGAAAAUGGCCAAUUUCAGUAUAUAUUCUUUGGAUGGACAAUGUGUGCUCUUGUAAUCUCCAUUUAUUAUGAACUAAUGGACUAGAAACACAAGAUCAUCAUGCACAAUGAUGCUCUUUGCAGUAUUUUGCUAAAUUCCGAACGCCUUGCUUGAAAU